AUGAUCGAAAAGAAAUGGAUCUGGGGAUACAAUUGUUGGAAAAACGAUGAACUUUCGGAAAUUGCUCAUUGGCCUCCUUUCAUCAAAGCAACUACAGAAUAUAUUCGCGAAAAGUAUAAAAGCGAAUCGUGGGAACAGGAUGAAGUGGCCCAGGGAGUAAUUUCUUUUCUAUAUGCGAUAGCCUCUCAUGGGAUAGCAGAUGUUUCAUUUCAUAGCUUAGGAGGACUUCAUGAUGGAUUCAUAGCUACAAUGGCUGAAGUUAAUUUUAAGCAAAAUUACGAGGCGGCACAUUCUGCGGCUGACAUGGGUGGUGAAUUCACUCUUUCACACAUGGUUGAUUUGGAUUAUUUAGAGAAUGAAUGGCGAGUGCCUGUUGAUGAUAUAAUAGAAAUAUAUAAAAGAAUUAACAAAACGGCUUCGAGAAAACAUAUAGAUUAUUGUGUUAAACAAGCAUUUGCUGCCAUGCAAGCUAAUAAAAAAUUUGGAAAAAUGUUCUUCUCUGCAUAUGGUGAAAAGUCACCUUUUCUGAUUGAAAAAUUGGAAGAAUAUUAUCGUGGAGGUUUAAAUAACAUGGCUGCUGAUGUACACAAUUGUUGGCAUAAUUUAUCACAUUGGCUUGAAAAUGGUCCAAGAAAUGAUUCCUCAUCAUUAUGUGAUCCCUUUAAGGAACCUCAUGAGAACUCAUCCUCUGAUAAUAUUGGGAUGCGAAAUACAUCUGAUUUCGAUGAAUUCUUUCGUACAUAUUCAUAUGAAUUAUUGACUGCAAGUGGAUAUGCUUUGAAUCAUUAUAAAGAUAAACAUGGCAUAACUCAUUAUGAAAUACAUCGGAAACCAAAAGAUUUUUGGGGAUUUUCCGGGGAGGAAUCAAAAGAUAAUUUUCGAUUUAAUCAAAUAUUUCAUGACGUUAUUUCUUCAAACACACAUAUUCAAAUUUCAUCGUCACGAUGGGUGAACCAACAUCAAUUAACAUCCAGUCAUUCGGUAAUAAGGAAUGAGACCCAUGAUUCUAGUUGGAUUUCAAAAUGUCAGCUUAUGCCCACAGACCCAAAUUUAUUUAUAAAUUUGGAAUUACCAUAUUCUUAUUCUUUGUUUGGUCAUGAUAUGGUGACUGGCGAUUUUAAUGGCGAUGGAAUUCAAGAUUUAGCAAUCAGUGCACCCUUGUAUGAUGAAAACACAAACAUCCCUCAUACAGGCGCAGUAUUUAUUUUAUAUGGCAAAUCAACAUUACGACAACCAUCCAUAUCAACCAACAUCCUCGAACUCUCUGAUCAAAUCUUGUAUGCAACUGACCCUCUUCCUCAGUCCCGAUUCGGUUGGUCCUUGGCUGUGGUAGAUUUAAAUUCAGAUGGAAUAGAUGAUUUAGCGAUCAGUGCUCCAUCAUUUAGUCCUAACCGAUCUACACCUGGAACCGGGAAAGUUUAUGUGUAUUUUGGACAUGCAGAACCUAAUGGAAUAUCAAAAUUAUUAAGAACAUAUGAAAUUGGGUUGUCUCAUCGUCCGGAUUUAGAGAUUUCAACAGAUGCUAAAAUAGCAAAAAAUAAUUGGAGGAUUGAAGAAAUGGGUCAAGUCUUGGCUUCAGGAGAUGUUGAUAAUGAUGGAUUUAAGGAUUUAUUAAUUGGGUGUCCGUAUUGUGGACUUCACAGUCAACCUAAGUCAACAACGCGUAUAUCACAAACUGGAAGAAUAUUUUCAUUUCUAAGUUCAAGAGGACAUAUUGGAAAUAAGGUUAUAUUCGAUAGUGAUUGGUCAUUGCAGAGUCCAAGUGGUCAGAAUUAUGAAUGGUUUGGAGCGGCUAUCGGAGUUCAACAUAGUAAACAAACAAAUAAUCCAAUAAUAAUUGUUGGUGCACCAGGAUACAAUAAUGAACUAAAAACACGAUGGGCUGGUCGUAUUUAUGGAUUUGAAAUAAGAGAUAAUGAUAAAAUGAGUCCUUUGAAAAUAUUUGAUUUGAGUGGAACCGAUGAGUUUCAAGGGAUCGGAAGUUCAAUAAUUGCUACUGAUUUCCUUGAAAAUGUUGGUAAUUUUUUGAUUGUCACUUCUCAAUCCGAAACAAACAUUCAGAGGUUUCCAAUAUAUAAUAAGUUAUGGCAAGCCGGUGCAGUUCGUGUGAUAAACAUGGGAUAUCUAAAAGAAGGGACUUCAUUAUCUGAUGACUAUAUGAGUGUUGGAAAUGGAUUGUUAUCGCUUUUGCGAGGAACUGAGUCAGCAUCUCAUUUUGGAAGUGCAAUAUAUUGGGAUGACAUUAAAAAUUCGCUUUGGAUUUCAGAACCGCUUGCUUCUUGGGAGGCCGGCCACGUAUAUAGCUAUCCAUUAAAAUCUAUACUAUCCUUUCACAACUACACUGAAAAUUUACUUCAAGAUACUCUAAAUUAUCAAACAGUUAAAAAGGAUGAUCUAAAUAUUGAAACUUUUAGAUUAGCCGAAGCGUGUAUGAAAAGCAGAGAACCAAAAGCAAGGUUUGGAAAUAAAAUUAUAAAAUUUGAUUUUAAUGGUGACGGAAAAGGAGACUUGGUUAUUGCUUCGGAACAUAGCAGUCAAAACGUUAGAUUAGGAGGAAGUGUUACUAUUUUACUGGAAUAA